AUGCCUGGCAUCGAUCCCCAGAUCAUCUGCCAUCGCCUACACGUCAACCCAGCCAUCAAGCCUGUAGCGCAGAAGAGACGCAACUUCGCCCCCGAGCGAGUCGCCAUCAUUGAAGCCGAGAUCGACAAGCUUCUAGUUGCCGGUUUCAUUGAAGAAGUCUCAUACGCAGAAUGGCUGGCGAACGUUGUUCUAGUAGCAAAGAAAGAUAAAGGCCUGUGGAGAGUGUGCGUCGACUAUACUGACCUCAACAAGGCAUGUCCUAAAGAUAACUUUCCACUGCCGAGAAUUGACCAGCUCGUCGAUUCAACUUCCGGCAAUCAACUGCUAAGCUUCAUGGACGCCUACUCCGGUUACAACCAGAUCAUGAUGCAUGAAGACGACAAGGCAAAGACCUCUUUCAUCAUCGAAAAAGGUACCUACUACUACAAGGUCAUGCCUUUUGGGCUGAAGAACGUCGGGGCAACCUACCAAAGGCUGGUGAAUAAAAUUUUCAAGGAGCAAAUCGGCAAGACUAUGGAGGUCUACGUAGACGACAUGCUAGUCAAAGCUCCCGAGCGAGCAGACCACAUCGAGAAUCUUGCCGAGGCAUUCAGCAUACUCCGAAAAUACAACAUGAAGUUGAACCCGAGCAAAUGCACAUUUGGAGUCUCGUCCGGCCGAUUCCUUGGAUACUUAGUCACCCAAAGAGGAAUUGAGGCACAUCCAAAUCAAAUCAAGGCUAUACUCAACAUGAAGUCACCUGCCACAACAAAGGAGAUACAAAGUCUAACGGGUAGGGCGGCAGCUCUCAACCGAUUCCUCUCUAGAUCUACCGACAAAUGCAGGCCAUUUUUCAAAGCCUUGAAGAAGGGACACAAAGAUAAGUGGGAUGACGAGUGUGAAGUAGCUUUUCAAAACUUGAAAACUUACCUCACUUCACCUCCAUUGCUCUCAAAGCCGAUACCAGGCGAAGACUUGUACAUCUACCUAGCGGUGUCCGACUCAGCUGUCAGCUCAGCUCUCAUCCGAGAAGAGCUGGGGGCACAACAUCCGGUAUUCUACACUUCAAAAGCUCUCCUCGAUGCAGAGACUCGCUAUCCGAAAAUGGAGAAGCUCAUUUUUUCGCUUGUGGUUUCUGCGAGAAAGUUAAGGCCCUACUAUCAAGCACACCGGAUAAUUGUCAUAACAGAAUUUCCUUUGAGAUCGAUCCUUCACAGCCCCGACGCUUCUCAGCGACUCAUGAAAUGGGCUAUCGAACUCAGUCAAUACGACCUCCUCUACCGGCCGAAGACUGCUAUAAAAGCCCAAGCUUUAGCAGAUUUUGUUGUAGAGUUUACUCCGACAGCCGAAGAAGAGAAGAUGGUUACGAAAAGCAAGGAAAAAGCGGACGACACCCUCCCCCACCGAUUCGAACCUACCUAA